UGCGUUCCUACGGCAACCAAGCAUAGCUUGCCCGAAGAGGAUCAUGGGAAAUCAUUUUGGCUACGGGAGCGGAGGGAGUUUCGAACAAUUUUCCUCGUAGCUUUAGUCAAACAGACAUUAUCUACGGUAUGUUAGGCUUUUAUUGUCCACCUGAGCGUAACGUUUGAAUAUAAUUAUAAUAUUCACCAAUUACAAACGACGAAAGCUUCGGGAAUAUUCCUUUUCUUCGCAGAAAACGACUAGCUAGGUUGCUAAUGUGACAGUCAACGGUGUUGUAGCAGCAACAAAAACAAUCACAACAUGGCGCAAAGGGUCGCAAAUGUCGACUCUGUAUCUAAGUAGACGGUUUAACACGUUAACGUACUGAAACGGUUCGUUGUGUCGCUGGAUUUAUCACAUACAGCCAGGAGCUGAUGCUGUCCUCAAACCAUGGAGCUACAACUGGAGGUUGUCUUGUCGUCCAGUAUCAAGAGGAAGAAACCGUGGCCGCGGUUCUGCUGGCUGGGUCAGGAGAAGGAGUCUGUGUUCCUGUUAGAUGACAAACGCAUCAGUGAGAUCAACAUGGUCUCUGGACGGACGAAGAAGAGGACGCCUAAACUCCACCCGCUGCUCAACAACGUUCUGACCAUGGCUUCAUCCCACUGUGGUACGUGGCUUUGUGGCGUUCUGGUGGCGGGAGAACUCUUCCUGUGGAACAAGGACAGAGACCUGUUGAAGACUGUUGGUGCAGUUCCCGAAGUCGUUGACGUUAUUGCUUCAUCCCAAGGGAACACCGGCCGUUUGUCGGUCCAGGUCUCAGGUGAUGCUACACGUCUGCUACUGGUAGCUUCAACAGGACAAGUGUUCCUGUGGGAGUGUGUGGAUGUCAGAGAUCUAACGGGACUACGUGACGGUACCGUUAAAGGAUGCUGGGCACGCAUAGAACCUGCAGAGGGCACCAUUCUCCCCUCUCUACACGAUAAAGAAGCCUCCAGACAUACGGUUUUUGUAAAGACUGAGGCUUUAGGUGAUGUCUGUUUGUUAGCACUUGUUUUCGUAUCAGGGCAGAAGCUGAUUCUCUCCUGUCUGAGGGUUCAGUGGGAGGAGCGUCACAUGAGAGUGGGUUCUGUGGGCUACAGCGCUCAGUGGGCCACCAAAACAUUCCCCCUGUCUGACCUCAACCCACCCUGUCGGCCGGUCAAGUCCAGAGGAGCACUGGUUCCAGCCUUCUCUCCUGACGGCCAACUCUUAGCCAUUAUUCUCAACCAGAAACAGCCAAAGGCCACGCAGGUCCUGUACGUCAGCACACAGAAUUUUGUCUCAGUGUCAAGUAGCCUUGGAGGAUGUGGAGUCAAGGCGAAGGAGGUUCCCUCCAAAUAUAUCAGGUCUUACUGGGUGAGCAGCGUCAGCUGGUCUACCAACAGCCUGUUUUUGGCCUGCGUUCUCAAGAGAGGUUCUCUGCUGAUGUUGGCUCGUCUCGGACGUCUCAUCACGUUAACCAGUUCAGGCUGCAGUGUGGACUUUGGACCGGCCCAGUUCCUGCCCCUGCAUCCUCUCGUCACCUACCGACCCCCGUUUUCUGCAGGAAAAGUCGACGCCUCUCUCUCCAGCUCCAGCUUGUCCGUGCGAGACGUCAUGAGGCAGCGAUACUCCGUGACCUGGCAUCCGCGCCUGUUGUAUCUCAUCGUGUCCGACGGCUACAUGGCCACGGUCAUGCGUGUCCUUCACAGACCUUCGCCCGUCACGUUGUUGAAAAUGCUGCUGAAGGACACGACCGCAGAUCUGGAGAAACUGAGCGAGAAACUUUGUAAAUCUCAGGUUCAGGUCAGAUCCUGGUUGGACUCUGUGUCUUGUCUUAACCUUGAGAGCAGCCUCGAGGCACUGAACUCCACAUCACGCCCCAGUAACAGCACCAUCUCAGCAGGCACAGAUGUGUGCACUUUACCACUCUUUCUGCAGGACCUGGGGGCGUCGGGGGGAACCACGGGGCUUCUCGAAAAAGUGCAAUCUUUCCUCGAGGACGACUCUGAUUUCGAUGGCCCUCCUGCUGGUUCUCAUGUGGAGGAGGGCGGCCGCUUGGAGUUUGCCUCCAUGUUCGACACGCUCCAUGCCCAGGACACGAACACGGCUGCUGGACCUGCGACUUGGACUGACGACUCCGUCGAAGAAGAGGGUAAAAUCCAUCCUUUUCACCGUGACGUUGGAAAGAUCCAGAGCCGGUUGCUGACGGUCUGGGCCGUCAGUGUGUCUCUGGGGGGGGCAGUGGAAAACAGAGCUGCUCUGGUCAAACACACGCUCCUCUGCCUGGUACGCGUUGCCGCUCUGGUGCACUUAAUCCCGAGCUAUAUGGUCAGCGCGGGGAGAGCGGCCAAAGUCGCGGCCAAAGUCGCAGCGUCUUCUCACGUUCUUCGUCAGGUCAGAGCCCUCUUGUCGUUCCUUCCCUGGGACAAGACUCGCCGCGACGGUCCCUGCUGCCUGGGCCUGGUGGUGGAGUUCACCGACAGGCUGGUGACGCUGCUGCUGACGCCUUACAACGAGUCCUACCGGUCUGGUCAGUACCAGCCGUCAGCUCAGAGUCUGUCCAGGACGCUGCAGGUUUUACAGCUGGUCUCCUGUGAACUGGACAAAGCCUACGGUCUGCAGCAAAGACACGUGUGGUCCUCAGAAGAUCAGAGACCUCUCUGUCAGCCUUCGGAUGUUCACCACAUUCCUCUGCUGCAGGAGGAGAAGGAAAAGGAAGUUGUUUCUUUGUGUGAGGCUCAGCCUGUCCCUCAGAGACCAUCCAGCAGGUUGUUUGCAGUGUGGCAGCGGGUGUACGACGUCACGCGGCAGUACCUGGAAAAACUCAGUGUAUUUGACGGCUACGACGGCUGGGAGGAGGAGCAGCGACAGUGUGUCUUCAUCAUGUCUCAGAUACAGACAGCUCUGCAGACCACUGGAGAAAGACUGGAAGAAGAACCAGCUCUGUUGAGCUACACUGGUGAACAUCUUUACCUCUGUGGACUGUAUCAGCAGAGUGCCGAUGUUUGGAAAUCACAACUUUGUGACAAGAGUAACAAACUCUGUGGUCGAAGGGUCUUCCAGGAGACCAGGGCUUGUCUGGCUCUGCUCUACAGCUUUCUGUCUCAGUACCGUCUGAGAGAGGCCCAGGAGUUGGGCGACCACAUGGCUGCGCUCUUACUGCACAGGUGUGGACACGUGAAGGACAACGUCCACAUGGCAGAUUCCUCUCCUUGUUCUUGGCUCCCGUCAGACCUUCACUGUGAAGCAGCCUGUGCUGUGGUCCAGAGUCUGGGGAGAUUCAUGGCCUCCUACUUCUCCAACCAGGCGCUCCACAUCCUCCCACCUCACCAUGUUGCUGUUCUGCCUCCGCUACAUUUACCUCACGCUCCAACUAUUGGUCGUUUGGUGCCACUGCACCAGCAGGAAGUGGCCUCGGCCGUUCGCCGACAUCACCUGUCAGAGGUGUGGACGGUGGACUACGCCCUGGACCUGCUCCUGCUGGGAGGUCUGCUGCCUGAGGCCGUGUGGUUGGCCUCCCAUCUCGGAGACUGGAAAACCGCUGUUUCUCUGAGUCUGGCUUUCUCCAGCUGCAGCAGGAGCCACUUGGACUUCUCUAAGCUGAGGAGCAGAGAUCUUCACCUCCCUAAAGCUCUGAGAGUCAAGCACAUGUUUCAGGCUCAGUUACGGCGUCUGCUGGGAAAUAAACUGGACGCCAGAGACCAAAGAGACGAGGACGAUGAGAAGAGCCUCUCGGAUCCUUUAGACGGACUGGACUGGGAUCUGUUGCUGGUUUGCGUUCAGGAGAUCCUGAAGGCGUCCGUCAUGGCGGCGGUGGAUGUCAUUACUUCCCCGCUCUCGUCUUUGUUGGACACGGCCAAAGACUUGAGUUGUUGCCUUCCGUUGUUGGUGCCCAGUGGUCUCUAUCUGCCCUCCCCACCUCUGUAUUGCCCUCAGCCUUCGCCCAAUACACAGGACCCGGUGGGGACACCAGGGCACUUGGCUGAGGUCGCAGCCCGACACAAGGUGUCCGGUGUUCUACAAAAGUUACUGUUGUUGCUGAGGUCUGCUCGCUGUUGCCGCCCUGCUGCUCAGUGGUACAUCACUCACCUGCGGCGGGCCAGACACGUGCUGUUCAAGAUAAGGAAGAAAUAUUCGUAUCCAGGGGCAGCUGAGGAGGAGGAGCCUUUUCACGAGGGUCUGAUGAAGUUUGUCGCCCGACAUGGGUUCUUCAGAUGGCGGCCGAACAAAGACAGUCGUCUGGACCCUGAUGUUGUCAGAACUAUCAUCUGUUUCAGAGAACUGUGCGCUCUGUGUUGGAUGCUCCAUGUCCGCGACCAACUCUCCCUCACCUGCAGGAAGUACCAGGCGGCCAGGCAGAACCCCGGUGACUCCGAGGUGACGUCCUGCUGCGCUGAAGCUCUCCGCUGGGCCUGUCGUUUUCUGCCCUUCGCUCGCUUCCUUGACGCUGAAGAAAUUCUCCAGGACGUUCUGCUCAGCCUCGUGGCUGAACUGCCUCCGGUGUCUCUGGUGGCAGAGACGUUGGUUCGAUGUUUUCCAGAGGAGGGAGAGUCUGUCAGAGUCUCACUGAGGGAGAAGUACAACUCACUCACACAGAGACUGAGGCACAGCACAGUCCUGGGUACGAACCCCGGUACGAACCCUGUUACGAACCCUGAAGGAGCGAACGGGGAAAACGAGUCCAUGAUGGUUCUGGUUCAGGACGAGUACAGACAGAGGAGAAAACAUCUGGGGCGUCUGCGGAGGCACCUGGCUCCUCCGCAGCUCCACCUGUGGGAGAAAGAAGAUGAAGAAGAAGAACGGAGGGGAGGGGAGAGAGGGUCGGCGGCCAUGUUGGGGCAACUCUCACUGGGAACCAGCCUGAGCACCAGCACUUUGAACGACUGUGGGUUUCCUCCCGUGUGCAGUGAUGCUGAGAACACAUCUGAAGGCGUCUCUCCUGAUCAGCAGGGCCGACCCUCGAGCAGUGAGAAAAACAACCGUAAUAUCAAACACAAACAGCAGCCUGAUGGAAUGCAAAGUUCUGCUCAGAAAGACGGUCAUCGACCGGACACGGAGGAGAACAAGGAGACGUCCCUGCCUGCGGUCGGCAGCUGGGAGUUCGAGUUGGAGGAUGAAGAGUAUCUGAACUUCCUGGAGCUCUUCCUCAGCUACGAACUGGAGAAGGACGGUGCGGACGGAGCGGACGGAGCCUCCGAACUCCCUUUGUUGAAGAGCUUCUCCUCCAAGCUGAAGGAGCGGGAGUUGCAUUCGCUCACCUUUGACGUGCUCACCACCGUGCACCGCCGUCAAAGAGACGUGCAGCUCACAGGGAGGAGACAGUGGAGCAGUCACCCCCCGGUGUUCAGGGCCGGUCACUGCUACAGGCCGGUUACCUCAGCUGAACCGUCGACUCCUUCCAUUUGGAAUAAAACCCAGAAUCCCAGGAUCUCCAGGAGUUUGUCUCUCAGCUCUGUUCCUGGUCAGAAGAACUCCAGACAGGAGGGUCUGUUUGGACUCAGGAGGCAGAACAGUCUGUCGUCAGUCCAGAACACGAGCGCUGGUCACGUAAGCUUCGAUACCAGUGCUUUUCCGAUUAGCCGACACCCAGAAGGCUUAGGUUUGGGUUCAUCGACUUCACCGGAAGCUGUGGUGGAGCUGCAGCAGUGUCUGGACCCCAGGUUAGAAGCUGAGUUUCCAGCCCUGGGCCGACUGUUGGAGUGGAUGGUCCGCUGGGCUGACAGGAGAGUUCUGCUGGGACAACAUGGGAACAAAGGGAAAGGAGGAGGAGGAGGAGGAGGAGGAGGUCCAGAGAAUGAAGGAAUAGUGAUUCGUGUCAAAGCGUCGGCGCCUGCCAUUCUGACCGCCCUCAGCUUGCUGCAGUGGAGAUACUCAGUUGUGCCUGGAGGGGGCAGUCACGCCCAUGUUCCGUCUGUGCUGCUCACUGAGGUGGACAGGAAGUUAGACCAAGAAAGCAGCGUCGACACGGGCUACCCCGGAUCCACCCACACGCCCGUCACUGCUCCGGAGCGCCACCUACAGCAGUUAAAACUCUCCAGCGGUUCCAGCACCGAUGAGACGGAGGAACAGGAACAGGAACAUCACAGGGUUCCUCUCCACGUCCGGAUCCAUCGGAGACGUUCACCACAACCACCACCGUCUCAGAGCGACCUGGAAGAGGUCACGGCUGGAGAAGAAGAGGAAAGCGCCGACGCCCGAGGACGUUUGGACGUGUCCUCUCCUGAUUUGAACCAAAACAACUCUGAAAACAUCUGUGCUCCAGAUGAGAGUUUAAAAGUUGCAGAUCUGGACGCGUCGGACAAACAGCAGCCGUCCAUCACCGACUCUUUAAAUCUUCAACCUCCUGCUCCUCCUCCUCCUCCUCCUCCUCAACCCAGUCCUCGGGUUAUCCCUGCUGCCCAGCCUCAGGUCACUGACUCUGUAGGAGCAGAGUUUCCUCUGACACCUGUAGAUCCUCCAGAACUUCACCCUCGGAGUUCCACACCGGCUGCAGCAGCUCCACCCAGUCAGCCACUGAAUCAGUCCAGCAACAUGAGGCAGCAACUGGGUCAAGACCUCUUCAGACUGGUCCAGAAUAUCAACUACAUGAACAUGAUGGAGGUUUUGGGGGCUUCGUUUGCCAACCUGCAGCUGGCUCAGCAGAACUCUUUAACUCAGUCCAACAUCGUGCCGUCGUUUCAUGGACCCAAUAUCAACGUUGUCCCUCGGCCGAACACCUCACAUGUCCAACCCACACAGACAUUUACAGCACAAAGUCAAAUCACGAGACAUGAACCUCCCACGUCCACAGCUGCAGCUGAUCAUCAUCAGGAAAUGCGUCCUCUCUCUGUCCACGUUGAAUCACCAGAAAUCCACUUUGGACUGAGCAGGAAGUUGAUUCCCUCCUCUCAGGGCCUCCUGACCACGACUGACACCAGGCGGGCUGACGCCCCGGCCCUUGGACCACAGUCCUUCGGCAGUCAUGUACAAAAUGAAAAUGCUGACUCAGUCUUGGGCAAGAAACAUCAGCGUCACUGUGCACAGUUGCCUCAACAAAUUGCUCCAAAAUGUCCUCCGGUCCAAGAGCCCAAGCUGCUGUUCUUAGAAAACUCCAACGUGUCUCAGGAGUCCAAGACCUCGUCCAGGAGAGAAGAAGAAGACAAGAGGAAGACCUGGACGUCGGCUCUGAAGAGACAGCUCAGUUUUGAUCUUCCGUUUGAUUCAGUUUCCAGAAAUCCUCAACAUCAACUUCACUCUUCAGAGAAGUCCAGGGGUCAGGAGUUCACGUUGCUUCCUCCAGCUCAAAAACCCGCUGCUCCACCUCAGGGCCUCCAGCUGCUGCGCUUCCAGUCCGUGACGCACGACGACGUCGCCUUCCCUAAAAUCCCUGUGUUGUUUUCUUUUAAACCCCCUGCCGUCGUACCGGCGCCGGUGCAGGAAACACCGCUGAUCAAACUGUCGUUCAAAGAUCCUGGACUCCAAAAUAUGUUUCCUGUUGCAUCUUCAUCUUCGAUGCCCAUGACCCGUCUCAUGUCCGUGGACCAGUUGAGGAGUUCGGUGACCAGCAGGCAGAAAUCUGGAGACGCUCAGAUGCAGCUGCUCAAAGUGGAUCCUCCUCCGACUGCACCCGCCACAGACGUAGCUGCUGCCGCUUCGUCUGGUUUUAACUCCAGCAAAAGGCAGAAGAGAAGAGAAGGGAAGGCGGUGAGCGAGAAAAAAGCUGAGGUCACGUUCAGACCCAAUGACUCCAUCAUCCCCACAGAGGAGGUCAAAGAAGAAGAAUCUGUCAACGGUGUGAAAGUGGAGUCUGCAGCUGCACAGGAAGUCGUCCAGGGAAUCAACUUUGCAUUUCCUCUGGGCUCCUUUGACUACUUACUCUCUGGUCAGAGUUUGUCGGACGCAGCGCUGCCCACGUCAGCCGAGCUCCACGCGUUUGCUGCGACACGUAAAACUCCCACUGAGUGUCAGGACGCGUUCACCAACACAGACUCAGGUUGCCCCCCAACACUUCAGGACAAAAGUGUUUCUACCUCACUGACCUUCAUCAGCCCUGAGGCUCCAACGACACAGGAAGUCCUGAAGGUCCGCGAUGGAAACGUUACUGAAGACGCACGAGAAGGAGACGAGACAUUUCUGGACACGCGUUGUUAUCGUUUGAUAAGAAUUGAGGAUUUGGAGGACGCAGCUCGGCACCAGGAUCUGCCGUCACGCCUCGGCCCAGAAACACAGCACGUCUCCUCCGUCCAAUCGUCUGCUUCUGCUUCAGCUAACGUUCACAUCCUGGAAACUCCUGUGAUUGAGGCUGUGGCUGCUGUCGCUGCUGCACCUGCUGCUGCUCCUGGUGGUGGUGUUGGUUCACUACAGUCGGAGGCUGGUGCAGAAACUCCUCUUCUGACCACGAGUCACCGAGGUGAAGAUUCAAACAUGAACCGUCACCUCCAGUCCAGCACUGACUUCACCCGAGCUGUAACUGGGAGGAGGUGUGUGCACAUAGAGAGAGAGAGAACUAUGCAAUAUCUCAGUGCCGUGGUAACAGUAACCAUCCGACUGUUGAAACUCUGUCCAGUCACAUGUCUCUCUGUCCAGCUGGUGAACACCAUCGAAAACCUGUGUCCAGUCACGGCUCCUGAUGUGAAGAGAAACGUCCGACUGUCUGUUCCACAGGAAGCGUUGAUGCGUCCGUCCAACACGUUAGAAGACGAGAAGGAAAAUCGGGGGAACAAACCUGGACUCCUUGGUGACCCACGAACUCCUCAGGAGAAGUCUCAGUUUCUCCGAUGUUCUUCUCCCUACAGUUGUAGAGCGGGGCCAUCCCACCUCCACAGCCCCCCCACCAAAGAAAGAGAUUAUCUGACUGAAGUUUCUGGAAUAUCUCUGGGAAGUGAGGAUGAACAUCUGGCUCCGAGCGGUCUCUCGGACACAGCAGAACUGUUAGAAAAGCUGGUUGAUGAAGGUUAUUUAUCGCCCUCUGACCUGGACUGGUCCAAUUUACAGACCCACAGCAGACUGCAUCAGAGUCAAAGAAAUAACAGGUCACAGAAGAAUGUCCGCACCGAGGACGAACGGCGGGAACUGAGGAUCUGGAUGAGGAGGAAGCAGAGGGAAAGACUGGCCGUGUAUCAGAAACACAGAGAGAGUCUGAGAGAGAGGGAGAAAAAACCUUUCUGUCCCUCUGGAAAAGCACCGUCCGCCGGCAGACCUCGAGCCUCAGGUUUGGGAGGAAAAAAAGAGAGAGAAAUAGCUGCACUACUGAAGCAACACAAGCAGAGGGCGCUGGAAGCCUGUUCUCUGGUCGGCAGCUUCUCCACUCCUCCACCAGAUACUUUGUCUCUGCCUUUGGAAAACACGUACAGCAUUUACAGAACACCAGCCAGUGACAAAAGAGUUCUGAAGUCCAACCUGGGACAAACUCUAACCAUGGAGCACGGCAGGAGAACCGAACCUCACAGACCGGUGACGUCUUCACCAAAGACCCACGUGUUGACAACACGCCAAAGUCAGGAACGUCAUGACAGCUACCAGAUGAGGAGCGGAGGAAGAGGAGUUCAGAGGACGGAGUACGGAGACGAGGUGAAACGUUUGGAGCCCAUCUCUGAAGUGAACAGUCUGGUGGACCAGGAGGAGCCGGAGUUUAACCUGGAUGGUGCUCCACACAUCGGUGGAUCUGGGAUGGAUUGGCUGGAGAACCUCUCCCAGAACACGGGCAGCACGCUGAGCAAAAUCGACUGGGCUGCAGUGGAGAGAAUGGUGGCAGCAGUGGAAGAUUGAAGCCAAAAACAAAACCAAAACAGUGCCUUGUUGACAAUAAAUGAACUGAUUGAGAUAUUAGUGCCUAAAAACUGUAAAUCAGUAGAGAUAUGAGAUAUCUCAAAGCAGGUCUACAAUAGACUGAACAUGUGCUAAUCCUUUAGAUGUUUUACACCUUUUGUUAAGUUAUAGCUUUGAUUCUUUUCCACUUGUUUAUCUGUAUAUAUAAUGUAUUUUGUACAGAUUUCUAUUGCUCCAAUAAACCAUUGUUGAUA